AUAUAUGCCAGUUCAUCAAGAGGCUGGAAUACACCCUAUUUUGUCGUCUAGUUCCUAUUUUCAUCCUUUCUAUCCCGUGAAGCAUCAUGCCCUUCACAUUCACAAAACCUGUCCAUCUUCCCCAGGAGGGAGCUGAAGAAACCCCAUUGCGCCCUGUACUGAUCGCCCCGUUCCCGCGCAAUCCAGACUUUGUGGGUCAUGACACGCUACUCAAUGAGCUUCAUAGGAGAGGUGAUGUGCCCGGGUCGAGAAUAGCACUUAUCGGCUUAGGCGGAGUCGGAAAAACGCAGCUGGCUGCCGAAUACACCUACAGCAUACGAGACCGAUCGCCCGAGACGUCGGUAUUCUGGGUCCCUGCAGGAGAUGCUGGCAGUUUCGAGCAGGGUUGCCGGGAUAUUGCAAAUAGGCUCAAGAUCCCCGGCAGACAGGACCCGACAGCAGAUAUCUGCGAACUCCUUCAUGUCUGGCUUCAAGAUGAGAGGAAUGGAAAGUGGGUCCUAGUUCUCGACAAUUGGGACGAUGGCGAAUUCCUCCGUAAAACCCGACCAGCAGAAAUUGAUGACCUCGGCGGCGAAUCUCGCGGCAUGCCAGGGCAAUCAUUCUGGUCGUAUUUCUGUGAGGGUUUGAAGGGCUCAAUUGUGAUCACAACCCGGAACAGAGGGGUGACGUCGAUGGUGGAGGAUAGCAAUGUUCUUCAUGUUACACCGAUGAAUAACGACCAAGCGAUAACACUGUUUGAGAAGAAAUGUAAUGUGCAAGCUGACAGAGAAGAGGUUGUUCAGCCUGUGACGGCCCAAGAUUUCAUGCCACUGGCGAUUACGCAAGCGGCAACCUAUAUCAAUUUUGGAUCGCGACGUCUGUCAGCCCCAGGGUAUCUUGAAGUGAUCCCUAAGUAUAAAGAAGUCUUUACUACCUGGAAACUGAUAUUUGACCGUAUACGAGAAACGCAGCCGUCGGCGGCAGAUCUGUUAUGUGUUAUGAGUUUCUUCGACGCAGAUGGGAUUCCUGAUCACGUUUUUCGUCAGAACGAGACAGGGUACAACAUCAGGGGCUUGCCUACCUACGACAGGGAUAGGGUAAACAAUGGCGGAGAUGGAGAGGAGAGCACAAGCGAAACUAGUGGGCUUGAUCUGUUUGAAGAUGACAUUUCGCUCUUGAGAAUUAGCUCAUUGAUAUCCGUCAGCGCAGAUAAAUCAACGUUUGGGAUGCAUCGGGUUGUUCAACGGAUCACACUGAAUUGGCUGGAAGCCAACCAGCAAAUUGAAGAAUAUAAGGAGCGUUUUAUCCGAAUACUUUGGAGCAACUUUCCAUCGGGGCGUUUGAGAAACUCGUCAAGAUGCGAAUCGCUAUUUGCUCACGUGCUAUGCGCGGCUGCACAACGCCCGAACGCAGAAGCCUCUUUAGGUCAAUGGGCAUCUUUACUGCAUGAAGCAGCAUCGUUUGCGAUAACUCGAGGAAUUUACGCUGAUAGCACAAAAUUGGCAGGGGAAGCUUUCUCCGCUAGAACGGAAUUAUUUGGCAUAAAGAAUGAACAGACACUCAAUAGUUCCCAAGUCCUGGCACUAUCAUACAGUCUCGAGGGCCGAUGGAAUGAAGCCCAAGAGUUACAAGAGCAUCCAUCUCGCAUCUACAUACUCACAUCAAGGGCAACUGAAGGAGGCAGAAGAGCUUCUGACUCUGGUGAUGAACACGAGCAAGCAAUCCUAGGGCCAGAACAUCCUAACGCUCUGCUUAGCAUGGAUAAUCUCGCUUCUCUAUAUAUAACUCAAGGAAACUGGACGGCGGCCAAACAGCUGCUGAUGCAGGUGAUACAGAUCAAAAAGCAGGUCCUAGGGUCAGAACAUCCCAGCACUCUGCUGGGUAUGGAUAACCUCGCAUCUCUAUACAUGAGACAAGAAGAAUGGACGGCGACAAAACAGCUGCUGUUACAGGUGAUAGAGAUCAGAAAGCAAGCACUGGGACCGGAUCAUCUCGAUACUCUA